AUGAGACAUUUAAUUUUGAUUGCCAUAACUUCGGUUGUGCUUAUUUUAUUAUUAACGGGAUAUUACUUGAGUAGUUUAUUUGAAAAACAUUCAUUUUUAUCAACUAAUAACGACCUUUUAGAUAAAAAUGUUACAAAUACAUCAACUAAUAACGACUUUUUAAAUAAAAAUAUUACAAAUACUAUACCGCUUUCAAAAUUUCUAGAAAGAGAGAAGCAAAGGCAAAGAUUUCCUAAAUUUGAUGCAUUCUAUGACGAUUAUAUUAAGAAACACAAUCGAACUGUUGCAAAAUUAUUCGAGCAGACUACUAAAGACAAUUCAACAAAGCUUCCAAAAGUUAUUGUCGUGCAGCCUAAUAUGGAUGCAGGAUUAGGGAAUCGAUUACCUGUAUUAAUAUGUGGUUUUUUAUAUUCAAUGAUUACCGAUAGGCUAUUUUUUAUUGAAGGAUUUUAUAGUUUCGCAGAAUAUUUCGAGAAAGAUUUUGACCAUGAUUGGAAAAGCGUCGCAAACUUAUAUAGCAAUAGUAGUUCCAAAUAUUUGCAUAACGACAAUGAUAAUGAAUUUCAAUUGAUAACUAGAGGAAACCUUAGUAAUGAGGAAAUAAAUUCAUACGAUAUUUUAUAUGUUCACACAUGGGAUUAUGUUUGUGCACCGGUAAUUUCGAAUCCUAACUACAAAGAAUGGAUUAGUAGUAUCAUACCGGACAAUAAAAUAUUCGGUGCAAUUAGUCAAAAAUUAUUAAAGCUACAACCAGAUCUUAACAAACAAGUAGCAACUUUUAUAGAUAAUAAUUUCGGAGAGUAUAAUAUAGGAAUCCACUUAAGAGUACGAAAGAAUCAUGCCAUGACCAACUUUACAACACCCACAGAACAUUAUUGCCAAACAGCAAAUAUGCUGAUGACGGGAACAGAAAAAAAGAAUGUGACCAUCUUUAUAGCAGCUGAUGACGGUAAUAACCGCAUAGCUUUAAAAAAUUGUAUUCAUAAUUCACUUGACUCUAAGAAGAACGAUUCGAUUAAGAUUGUUUACGCAGGAGAUGAUAUAAUCAAUUUCAAUAGCGAUUACGUAAAUCCUGGUACACAAAUAGGCGCUAUUAUCGAUUUGAAAAUUCUUAGUUUUUGUGAUGAUCUGGUGAUUACAUUUGGCUCAUCAUUUAGUUUUAUGGCUGCUGGAUGGUCUUAUAAAUCAUCACCUCUAUGGGGUCCAUAUGUAAUAAUGCCAGUAAAAAAUAAUAAUGAUGAUUUUGUUAUAGACAAAAUUUGGGUAUGGAAGGCUAUGUUAAAUGAACCAUGUAUGUACUUUAGUAAAUCGUUGUUAAAGGAUUCUGAUCCUGAAACUGUCAAAGUUUUUAAGACUAAUCCAUUUUGGAUGUAUUAUAGCCAAGGAUGUAUUUAA